AUGGAUCUUGCAGAAGACGAGCCAUAUACGGCCAUGGACUGGAAUGCCGCAUCUGCUCCUGCUGAAAGAGAAAUGCAGCAUCAGUCAAAUUCUGGUGGAAUGACAGAUGGUGUUAUGGGUGAAGAUAUACUAGAUGAGGAUGUCUCUGAAAAACGAUGUGGCCGUUCAGGCUGUCUCAAUCGAUUCAAAAAAGACGGUUUCAAUUGCAAGGAAUGCCAGUCGCAGAUAUAUUGCAGUGACAUAUGCGCAGAGAAACAUUGGCCGGAUCACAAAUUUAAUUGCGAGUGUCUUAAUUAUGUUCUGAGCAUCGACAUGGACCUCCAGAGAUAUCACAACAAUUGGCCUGGUUGUAUCAUGUCCUGUCCAGCAAGAGCCACCUUUGAGGACUUUUACCAGGCACUCAGCCUCUCCUUGCCUUGUCUUCGACCUAUAUAUCGCUUCGUCAUCUUUGACAGGAGCCAGAUGAACGGACCUAUUAGCCGCUAUCCACGACCUGAAAAGAUUAUCACAGGACUGAAACUAAACUUUAAUCCAGGAUCAAUAAUAGAAGACAGUCGACGGAUAUCCCUUAUUGAUAUUUUUUGCAAACAUCCAUAUGAGCAGGGCAAAAAGAUUAUUCAUUACAUAUGUCGAGACCCCAGGAUUCAGCAAGACUGGCAGUAUAUUGUUUUAUCUAUGGAAAGAGCACCGGUUUCUCCAUUUCUGAUUAUGUGGAGGGGUGCUUCUAGGUGUAUAGAGGAUUAUGGCAAAGGCCAAAAUCUUGUGACCUUGAGACUUGCAUAUGAAGCUUCUGAACAGACAAAAGAACAGAGAGAAUUGCUCUCUUGGUACGAAUCAAUCGAACACUCGAAGGCUAGCAGAGAAGGAAUAAAUCAAGCUCUGAGCAUUAUCCGAACUUCCACGCGCCCCUCUAAUACCCAUUAUUCCCAUAACGAAGCAGAAGACUUUCCGUAG